AUGGCGAUAAUGUGUUUUGGAAAGAAGCCAGAGGACCCCGAGUCCCGGAGGAAUGAAGACAUCGAGAAGGCGCUGCGCGCGGACAGGAAGAAACAGGAGAGGGAGGUGAAGUUGCUGCUGCUGGGUGCUGGUGAAAGUGGAAAGUCGACGGUGCUCAAGCAGAUGCGAAUUAUACACGCGGACGGUUUCAGCAAGAACGAACGGAAGCAAUGGCGUGUUGUCAUUUUCAGCAACUUGGUCAACGCCUUUCAGACUAUCUUCAGCGCAAUGACAGAGCAGGAAACAGAGUUUGAGGAUGAUGACAACAUCAGAUUCGCUGAGCUCAUUGCGUCGGAGCCGGAAACCGGGCUUGACGACCCGCUACCUCUGGAUUGCCUGCACGCCUUUACCAACUUAUGGGCAGAUAAAGGUGUCCAGUUGACCAUACUCAAAGGCAACGAAUAUGCCUUGCACGAUAAUCUUAGCUACUUCCUCGCGGACAUGGACCGCCUGUUUAUGAAGGACUAUUUGCCAAGCAACCAGGACAUCCUGCGCACACGAUUACGGACUACAGGCAUCAGCGAGACAAUAUUCGAACUUGGCAAUCUCACAUAUCGGAUGUUCGAUGUGGGCGGACAACGAUCGGAGCGAAAGAAGUGGAUACACGUCUUCGACAACGUCCAAGUCGUGCUUUUCUUGGUUGCAAUAAGUGGUUACGACCACGCGCUCGUAGAAGACAGGAAUGGGAAUCAAAUGCACGAAGCGCUCAUGCUUUUCGAAUCAAUCUCAAAUUCGAAGUACUUUGAGAAGUCCGCCCUCAUCCUCUUCCUGAACAAGAUCGACUUGUUCCGCGAGAAGCUAGCGGCCGGCAUGAGCCCAAUCAGCAGAUAUUUCCCGGACUACUACGGCAAGAACGAUGACGUGGAGGCAGCACAAGAGUUCUUCGCCAACAAGUUCCGCAAUCUGGUUCGGCAGCCGAAGAAAGAGGUCUACGUCCAUUACACGAACGCUACAGACACAGAUCUUUUGAAGAAGACGAUGGCAUCCGUUCAAGAUAUGAUUGUACAGCGCAACCUCAACCAGCUGAUCCUAUAA